AUGAAAUCGGCAGAACACUGGCUAAAUUCCACGGGCGCUGGAGUAGAGGGUGGCGAUGUGGAGCUGACUGUGAUGGAUAAAGUGCUUAAAAGUUGUCCGCAUUACAAACAAUUAGCGGACAUUUUUGCUACGGAGAGGGAAGCUGAGGUGGUGGUAAUGAGUUCCUCUGCAAUGGAACUCGACUCUAUUGAAAAUGUUGUGCAUGAUUUGGAAGAGCCCGAACCCGAAGCGGAGGAAGAAAAUGACACAUCUCUAUUGGCAUCUGGCUCAUCUGCGGCCAGCCCGUUUGUAAAAAAAAUUAAGGCCAAACAUCAAAACACUGCCAUUGACAAACUGGCAACAUUAGAAGCUGAAAGAAUGAGCUUUCGGAAAACAGCUUCAAUUUGAAAUAGAAAAAUUCAAUUGGAUGAAGCAAGUUGAAGCAAACAAACUUG